UCGAAUGUUUCAAUGCAGAGGAUCUGCCGGGAUUCGUUCGCGUCUCCGGUUCCGGAGUUGCUUCAGUCACUGUAGUUGUGUGGGUGACGGGUCGGAGAUGAUGGCAGCUCGCCAAAAAGAUGAACGUAUCCCGGUUUAUCUCAGGAUACGGCCAUGUACCGACGGUGUCAACCGCUGCCUCCGCGUCAUUGAUGCUGCCUCGAUGGAAGUACAUGCUCCGAACGCGCCAGGCAUCGUACACCGUGGCGAGUACAGCCAUAUUUUUCAUGAGAAAGCAAGUCAGCAUGAGGUCUUCCUGAAGAGCGCUCUUCCAUUAGUAGAUGGCAUGGUUUAUCAUCAACGAGAUGCGUUGCUGAUUGCAUAUGGCGCUUCCGGGUCAGGUAAUACGAGUAGGAUCAGGCACACAAAGGCUGACGCUAAUUCGGAUGAAGGAGUGCUCUCUCAAGCUAUAAGGCACAUAUUUAAGUGCACCGAGGCCUGCAAUCAGCUCUCGAACGUUCGCCCAACGAACUUCGCUGACCUGACCUUCAUCACGGCUGAGAAAGUCAAGUCCUUCGAAGUGGCAUCAGAGGCGCCUAGCGGCCCCAGCAAAAAAAGCAAACGGGACAGCUGCGGCAUUUGGCUCUCAGUAAUACAAGUGUACAAUGAAGUUGUCACGGAUCUUCUUGAUCAGGGAAAGCCAAAAGCACUUUCGCUUGCUCAGGACGCUAACGGACGUUGCUUCGUUCGUGACGCCUCAUGGCAUAAGGUAGACUCCGACGAUAUGGCCUUUGCUCUUUUAACCGACGCUAGGUGUAAACAAAAAGUAGCUAGCACAAAGCUAAACGAUAGGUCAUCGAGAUCUCACUUUAUCACGUUCAUCAAGAUUAUUCGCAACAUCGGUAACGACUUUAAGGUAAACCAGCUGGUGAUCGCCGACCUAGCUGGCAACGAGCGAUCAAAGGCUUCAGGAGGGACCGGUAACGUUCUCCGCCAAGCAGGGUUCAUCAACUGCUCCCUGUUGGUUUUGGGUCGCUGCGUGGACGCAAUUCGACGGGGAUUGCGCAACAUACCAUAUCGCGACUCGAAAUUAACACGCCUCUUAAGCCCCUUUCUUGCCGGUAAAGGUUCUCUUCUGUCAUUAAUUGUCUGCGUGAACCCGCACAAAGACCGCGUUGACGACACUCUUGCAACCUUAAAGUUUUCAGCGCUGGCUUCAGAGCUCACUCAACCAGCCGAGGUGGUCAAAAGGUUCCAGGAGACUCGUCGAAAAUCAGCACAUGCCGCCACCUUUUUGCCGGCUGUAGAUCCUGAACCAGGAGCGCAACCCAUUCAACAGGAUGUGGUCACCUUACCAGUACACAUUUUCCAGGAAAUGCAGCAUGGCCUGGAAAUGGGUGAAAGUCUAGCGCGCGAGAAUGAGGAAAUUCGAAGAAGUCUUCAGCUUCGUGAGGAGGCUUUGGAAAAUAGUCGACUUAUGCAUGAAGACCGAUUAACAGCUCUGCGAGCGGAGUAUCACUCUGAAGUACGAAAGAUUCGCGAGGAACAUCGUGAAGCCCGCGAGGUAAUCGAAACUGAGCUAAGACAACACUGUAUUGAGCUCGAGGCGAAAUGCGCGAAAUACAAGAAGCAGGCGGGUUUGCUGGCAGAAGUCUGCAAGAAGCGGUUGUACCCAGAGCUUGACAGAUAUCGAGCUCUCUAUGGCUCCUUAGAGGAAUUUCCUCCGAUGCAAGAGGAGGAUCUUGCAAAGUACGGAAAAACGUCUGACCCAGUCAAACACGUUCUUGAAUGCUCGCGCUGCUGUCUCCUUCAGGUACAACUAGAUGACACGUCGCGUCAACUACAGACCAAGAUCCAUGAAAGCGAGCGUAUGGUUGAAGAGCUACGUUCAGAGAGAGAGCUUCGCGUACUCCUGCAAGAGAAAACGCGAGGAUAUCAAACAAUGUCUUCUCAGAUUUGGUCCACAACAAUGGAAUACACUUGCCGCUCGCGUUCAGCUUCACGAGGCCGUAUCGAGCCGCCCUCGUCAGGAUACAUUGACUCGGGACACAUGUUGGACCAAAAAAUGCCGCCUGAGGAGUCCGAGUCAGGACGACUAAUGGACGAACUUCGCGAGAGAUUAAUUCAGCAGAUAGCCUUAACAGAACAGCUCGAGAUUGCAUCACGUGAUCGCAUCGCUGAAAUCACAAACGAGCUCAAGAAAGAGCGCAUGGAACGGCGCCUUAUCGAGAUGACAAGAGAUCAGCUAGCCAGCAGACUUGAUGAAGCUCUAUGCAGUCUUGGAUGUGACCGCUGCAAGCAGAUUAUGCGUCUACGAGAAGUACCACAAACGGCCCCAACACGCCAUGUUGUUAGAUAUCGCACGCCAAAAGUAGCCGUUCGUGAGAGUAAGCUAACCUAUACGCCUGUUUUCCGACGGCCAUCAGCGACAUCAACCACAAGUGGGGCGGAUUCACCAAGCAUUAAUCGAAAUAUACGUCAGCGACGACUUGUGGUCGGCGAUUCGGAUUGAACUUGCAACUCGACGGCGAGCUAUUAGGCCGAAUGACGAAAUUAAAUGCGGUUUCACUGCGUCCAAAGAUCCAAAACAGAGCCACAGUGGCGCGUUGGUGUAUUAAAACGGUUCGAAACAGUUACCUUGCACAUUUUGUUCACCAAUAAUCUCUUCAAAAGAGCAAUUUAUAUUUGUAUAUUAUUUGUAAAUUGUAUGCAAGUGUGUAUAUAUGCGUCUUCACUGUCAAGUAAAGUGGUAUUACUACUAAUUAUGGGUAACAAAAUUAGCCCUAUUUUAAUUUGGAUUGUUACGAGUUCAUGCGAAAUCAAAACGAUUAUAUAGUUAGCGUGACCCAAUCGAAGUAAACGAAAAUCCAACAUUGAGCAAUGCGCCAAUCUAAGCGGUUUUUUUCUGACCACCUUUGCAACUCUGCACAGACAGAAGCAGAGCGCUUUAGCAGCGUUCCAAAACGACGGAAAUCACGUCAGGCGGGUUGUGAUAACAAAAAUUCGCUGGCAUUACAAUGUCAUUUAGUACAUUUCUAUGACAUCAGUACGCCACUUAGCUUUUGGUAUAAAGCGAAGCAUGAGUCACUAACUAGAUAUUUAGAUUAAGCUCCUUAGGUGCCAGCCUAAUUGUCACAAACUAAAGCAUGUAGCAAGCUCUAAAUUUUAGUCGACAUGUCUGAAAGUGCGUUUCGACUGAAAUUCAUAAUGUUUGAAUGUAAUAUAUUGUUGGUGUGAAGAUGUACUCUCAAAUGACUAGUAAUUAUCUGAUGUAAUGCUACGAACUAAUAGUAGAUGUCAAAACAUCUCAAAAGGGUAAAACACGAAACGAAUGAUAAAGCGCGCUUUUUUUUUUUUAAUUUACUUGUAAGACCUAGCGAUACGUUGGCUGAUAAAGAGACAUGAGAAAUAUAUUGUUGUUAGCAAAUUAGAGCGUUUCCUUAAAUAAUAAAAAUUUCACCAUGUUAGCAUAGGUCCGUUGCCCUGAUACUCACUGUAUACACACAUUUCGGUGUAUACAACGCCUCUAUUAUAGUCUUUGCUGUUUCCACCAUGUUUUAGCUCUACAGUAACUUGAUGAUACAAGUAGAGGUAAAGGUCACCUAUGAAAGAGCAGCAUUUUACAGUCAGGAACGAUUCUUCCACGUAACGGAGCCACUUCACAGCAAUAGGCAUUGUAGAGUGAGCAAAUAGUCUAGUUGACAGACACGUCUAAGUGGUGCACGUACCCUUAGAUAAGGUGUAUUAGUUAACGAAACUGCAAGUAACUGCACGCCUGAUGACGAAUAAAUCACAACAAAGCAUCGUUAAAAAAUGUAAAUAGUAAGCUGAAAUAGUAUAUUCCAUUAAUCCCAGUCACUAAUCGACACAAAAAUAACAUUUAUGCUUAAGUUAAUUCGCGUAGGAAGUGAAUUUUCCUAUAUUCAAUAUCUACUCACGUUCAGGAAAUAAUAAUUACUGUCAGAAACUUAAAAAACCCAAAUAUUCGCCUAUGUCCAUGUUUAUCGAACCUAUAAUCUACACGA